AAAGGAAAAUUGAUCAUGUUAGUGAGUGACUUUUAUUAUGGAAGACAUGAAGGAGCUAAUGAAGAACAGAAAACUUACACAACUUUCAGAUGCUACAGUUGUUUGAAGGUUCUUAAAAACAAUAUUAGGUUUAUGAACCAUAUGAAACACCACAUGGAACUUGAGAAGCAAAACAGCGAGAGCUGGGAAAACCAUACCACCUGCCAGCAUUGCCACCGUCAGUAUCCCACACCAUUCCAGCUGCAGUGUCACAUUGAAAGUACACACACACCCCAUGACUUCUCUACUGUUUGCAAAAUUUGUGAAUUGUCAUUUGACUCAGAACACACUCUUUUACAACAUAUGAAGGACACUCAUAAGCCUGGGGAAAUGCCAUACAUUUGCCAGGUUUGUCAGUUUAGAUCAUCCAUCUUUUCUGAAGUAGAAGCUCACUUUAGAACAACUCAUGACAACACUAAAAACUUGCUGUGCCCUUUUUGCCUCAAAGUUAGUAGAAUGGCAACACCCUACAUGAAUCAUUAUAUGAAGCAUCAGAGAAAAGGAAUAUUUCGUUGCCCAAAAUGCAGACUACAAUUUUUGACAUGCAAGGAGAAAAAUGAUCACAACGUACAGCAUCGAACAUUUGUGAAGCCUAGAGAACUUGAAGGAUUGCCUCCUGGGACAAAAAUUACUAUUCGAGCUUCAUUUGCACCUUCUCAACCACAGUCAUCAACUGCUACUUUCCGUAGUUCCCCGAGCAGUUCUCUUCAGGUCACACCUCUGAUGUCUAAAACUAAAACUACCACAAAAUCUAAUACAAGUAAAUCUAAGUCUGCAUCCACGCCAACUAAAGUCAGUCAGGCAUCUGGAAGUGGAGUGAAACAGAAACUACACAUCCCUUACAAGGCAAAGCAGCAGCGCAACAGAAAAAGCAAAAUCAGCGCAGCUUUGAAGAACCUAAGGUAUUCUUGUGGAGUUUGCAGGUGCAUUGAGUGUAAUUCCAAAAUAAAAGAUUUUGCAAGCCACUUUGUCAACUAUGUCCACUGCAGUUUUUGCAGAUAUAGCACUGUCUGUAGCAAAGCUUUUGUAAAUCACAUGGUGAGCUGUCAUAGCAGCCAUCCAAGUAGACGGUUUUCUCUUUUUAAGAAUGAUACUGCAAUUGGAAGUGGCAUUACUCUAGUGUGCCUUAACUGUGACUUCCUAGCUGAUUCUUCUAGCUUAGAUCGUAUGGCUAAACACUUAAGUCAUCGUAAAACUCAUACUUGCCAAGUUAUACAAGAGAAUGUUUCUAGAAAGUCCUCAGAGUCGGAACCCACUUCUGAGUAA